CCCAGAAUGGAGAACUUCACCUUGUCGUACAGCUUCCGGAAAAGAAAACCAAAUGUAAAGUGUGGAAUGUUUAGCGUUUUAAGCUAAUUUCCAUGAAACCACACGAAUUCUUACCCCGUCGUUCAUCAAAAUAUGACUAGUCAAAGUGAGUUAACAAAAUUAAGUGAUGAGAGUUUGGCUCGACCACCUGAUGAGGUUUUUGAUAUAAUUUGUAAAAUAGGAAGAGGUGACCCUCUAAAGCGACUUCCAGAGGACGACCUUACAAGGUCACCAGAAGAAGUUUUUGAUAUUCUAGGCAAAUUAGGAGAAGGAUCCUAUGGCAGCGUUUACAAAGCCUUGCACAAGGAGUCGGGCCAAGUGCUGGCUAUUAAACAGGUCCCAGUGGACACAGAUCUGCAGGAGAUCAUUAAAGAAAUCUCCAUUAUGCAACAAUGUGACAGUGUCUUCAUAGUCAAAUACUAUGGCAGUUACUUCAAGAACACAGACUUAUGGAUUGUGAUGGAGUAUUGUGGUGCAGGGUCUGUGUCGGACAUCAUGAGAUUACGCAAUAAAACAUUAACAGAGGAGGAAAUAGCAACAAUACUCUUUGAUGCUCUGAAGGGUUUGGAGUAUUUACAUUCCAGAAGAAAGAUUCACCGGGAUAUCAAGGCCGGGAACAUUCUGCUAAACACAGAGGGCCAUGCUAAACUGGCAGAUUUUGGUGUGGCUGGACAACUUACAGACACCAUGGCCAAAAGAAACACUGUGAUAGGGACACCAUAUUGGAUGGCUCCAGAGGUGAUCCAGGAGAUUGGCUAUGACUGUGUGGCAGACAUCUGGAGUCUAGGUAUAACAGCGCUGGAGAUGGCUGAGGGCAAACCACCAUAUGGUGACAUUCAUCCGAUGAGGGCAAUAUUCAUGAUCCCUACAAAACCUCCACCAUCAUUCCGAAACCCAGACAAGUGGACAUCAGAAUUUAUAGACUUUGUCUCAAAAUGUCUUGUUAAAAAUCCAGAGCAAAGAGUAUCGGCAGCUGAACUCAUGCAGCAAGAGUUCAUACAGAACGCAAAACCUCGAGAAACACUGCACAAAAUGAUCAACGAUGCCAAAGAAAUCCAGGCAGCACAAAUCAGCAUCAUUACUAAUGGAGAUGACUCGGAUGGGGAUGAUGAUGUUGACCAUGGAUCAACCAUGAAAAAAACUGAUGACUCAACAAUGAAAUCUACUUCAGAAACUCUGUCAAAGAGUGAGAGUGGGACUGUAGUUGUGAAAAGCGAGGCCAGCACACUUGUUGAGUCGGAUCUUGGCACACUUGUAAUUAAUGAGGACUCGGAGGAUGACUCAACCAUGAAACGAUGCGACACUGUGGUGAAAAAGCCCUCCGAUUCUGGCUACAAAAGCAGGAGUAGACACGACACAUCUACUGAGGGCAAAGACAAAUACAGACCCUCCUACCUCGAUCAUUUUGAAAAGAAGGAACAGGACAAGGUUGCACCCCCAAGGGCCCAACCUCAAGUGGCCCCACCCCUCAAACAUGUCACACCUCCUCACCAUUCCCAAAGGUCUUUCAUUGAUGGAGAUUUUGAUUUUCUGCGAAAUCUUCCAUACGAGGAACUUGAAUCAAGACUGGCUGACCUUGACCCAGAAAUGGAGAGAGAAAUUGAUGAGUUACGAGCACGAUACCAGGCAAAGAGACAGCCUAUCUUGGAUGCUAUUGACGCUAAAAAGAAGAGGCAAAACAAUUUCUAAUGUCUGCUAAAGAGCUCUUCUGUGUGUUUUCAACCUGUGAUGUGGAUGGGAAAAUUAACCCACAUCCUUGUUGAUGGUGCUGUCAGAGAAAUUAUGAAAGAAUUGUGAUAAAAAAAAUUCUGUUAUGGAUUUUUUUUUAAAAAAAAAAGCAAAAUAUGUUUCAUAAAAUCUUCAGUUGUUUUUAACUAUUUGAACUUAUCUUAUUUUUCAAAUUUCAUUCAAAAUCAUAUACAUGUAGAUGUAUUAGAAUUUUUUCCUGACUAGGUAUACUUCUCAAGUAUAUUGCUAAUUUGUUUUAGAAUUUCCUGGCCAUAGUACAGAACUAAUGGCCAGACUGUUGUUAAUCUUAAAUGUCUAUGUGGGAAUUUGUAAUUUGAUAGUGAGCAUUAUUGUUAUUUGAAUAAGUAAAUAGACUGGACCCAAUGGUGUGUGGCAUAAACAAGGUCAAUAUCUAAUGGUGGAUACCUCAGGCUCUGUAUCGUAGUUAGAUGAACAGUUUAAAAUCCACCACUAGAAAUCUACCUCAAUCUAUACAUACAAUGUUGAAUCCAGUGUGUUUAUUUAUUUUUAUACUAAUAUUUGUUGUGUGAAAUCACUAGUGCUUCCUUCUUGUGUAUUUUUCUGAGGAGAAAAAUUAAUGACUUAAUUCAUUGUGUGUUACUCUGACAGUUAUAAUUACUCAUCUGUUUUGAAAUAAAACUCACCACUGCUUCCAGUAGGUUAUUGAAGAUUAUAGUAUUUUGGUGUAGAGUGGAAUUAAUUUAUGAAGUGGAGAAUUGAAUGAUAUUGCAAUAUUUUACUCUUAUGUUCUUGCAUAUUGGAGGGGGAAACAAAAGGAAAGGAUGUAAAUAUUGCACAAAACUUAUAGCUUGAUAGCUUGUAAUUAUUCUUAAAAUGAAGGAGAACAUAAUUUUGUAUUUUAUUUAACCUAAUGGAGUGUGUGGAUUUUGUACUUGUUUUCUAAUAUAGGCUGAAGAUUGUUAAUAAAUGUGUUUCUGAUUCUCAAAUACAUGUACAUGUAUAUUUUUAAAACAAGCCUCAUCUUGCAUAAUUCAUCCAGUAUUUUCAUAAAUAUGUUAUCUUUGUGACUUAAUUACGGUAUUUAACUUCAAGAUUUAUAUUAAGUUCUUUUGUUUUUUUUUAAAUUAUUUUGGUACACACAGUAGAUUGGAUUGUGACAAUCAUAAAAAUUUUAAAAAGGAUUAUGGAUAUGUAAACUGUUAGAAAAUUAUAUACAGUAGUCUAACAUUAAAUAGUUUAAUGUUAUUAGCGGUCAGACGUGAUAUUAGAAUUUUGAAUGACCACAGAGACAGAUAUCGGUCAUCAUGUUGAUCUAGUCCGUGAAUCAUUGUACACUAAAACUUCACUAGUGACCAUCUGUUUUGCAUAUAUGCAUCUUAUAGAUGGAAAAUGGUAUUCGCUAUGAGUUUAUUAUAGUUAGAUUAUAAAUGGAACCUAACUGCAUAAAUAGUAUGGGGUUUUUUUUCACUGUGUAUAUAGAGACAAGCAAUUCUAAAAAUAAUUGAUUAAAAAAUUAUUUAAAAGAAGAUAGAGAGCAAAUUUCUGGGCACAUUUGUUUAAUGUUUAUCUUCUUGGGUUACGAGUAUGUUUGCAACACUUUUUAAUGCUCCAAGAAAAAACAAUUCAACAGAUUUUGAAUUUGUGAUGUUUACUGUAUGCAUUUGAAAAUGCACUUCCUUUACUUCACAUAUUAGUACAUUUCUGUUUAUUGUAUACAUGAUUGUGCAAUAUAUUUUGAAAAAAGACAGUUGUAUCAUUUAAGAGUAGUAUAUUGGUAGAUACAUGUAUAAGUUUAUUUUAAUGUGAAUGAAUUUACAGUGUGGAAAGUGAAAGCUUCUCAGCUCACAUCCUCAAUGAAAUUCAACAUAGCAUAGUUUCAUCAAGAUUUACCUAGGAUUUAUUAUUGUUAGAGACAAUGAUAACAUAGAUGACCAACAACAAAUCAACCCACCCCCACCCACCCCUUAAAUCUCACUUUGUAUUGCUGAUUUUGACAUUUCUAUGAAAUGCACUCUACACAACAUUUUAAGUCAGUUGUAUCUAAAUGAUAAUCAAUAUUAUCAAGGUAAAAUUCUUAAAGGUUAUGAUAAGUGAUUUCAAAUGAGAUAUUUUCAUAAAAUAUGUCAUCUCAAAGAGUAAAAAUAAUUUUUUUUAAAGGAUACCAUGGUUCACCUUACCUAUAACCCUCCCCCCAUCCCCCCCCCCCCUUAUCUGUGAGGUUUAUCAAUAUAUACAUUGAGUUAUCAAUAUUCAAUUUCAAAGCAAACUCUCCAACCAUGCAUCAUAUGAAAGAAGUAAACUUAAAAAUCACUAUACUACUGAAACACAAAAAUAAUGCUGUGUCCACAACAUUUCAUGGUGCUGCUGAUUGAGUUGCCAAUCUGUGUUAUUUAUGUCUCACGAGUUAUUACUCUGUUGCAAGAUCAAGGAAAUAUUCUUUAUUUUUACAGUCAGAUAAUUUACCAGGAUUUUCCAUGGCAAUUCUAUAUCAUUCACUUUCAUCAAUUUCAAAGUUACUCAUGUGCUCAUGCAUAUCAUGAAAGAUGUACUUUGUUUUGAGAAAUAAAGCUUUUAAAGAUC